UCCUGGGUGCACGGUCUCCCUCUUUGCAGUACCAGAUAAAACUGCUGGAAGAUGAGAUGAGGGAGGGUAGUACACGGCCCUCCAACCGUAAGACUAGGAUCGCAACCCAGAUACUGGAGGACAUUCUGCCUCACACUGGGGUGUACAAAGACGUGCUAGUCUUGGUUUUAGACACGUUGAAGCAAGCUAUCUACAGUUCUACACUCACCUCCACAUCAGUUACCCAGGAUAAGGAGGGACACUCCCCCUCUUACCUACCUUACUUCGAAAUGGUUUUCAGAUUGGAGGAGGAACGGAACACAGCAGCGGAAACGCUAAAAGAUGAAAGUGAGCAGUUGAGGAGCGAGGUUUCCAAAACACGGAGCGAGAGUGAGAAUAUUGCUGCCUUGUUGGACAAAAAGACAAGAAAGAUCGACGACCUAAAGAACGAAAUAAAGAGGCUUAGUAUGGAACAUGAAGAGAAAGAUGAUUUGGUGGGAAAACUGCAGAGAAACGUCCAGGUUCUUAGUGAAAAUGUGGACGAAGCCAACCAAGAAAAAGUGCUGCAGAAAAAGAUGUUCGAAUCCUGGGUGGUGAAGAAGGACGCGGAAAUUUUAAAAGUUUCGACGUUCAAGAGGGAGUAUUACAAUUUGCAGACUGAUUUCUUUAGACUCUCUGAGCAGAAUAGUGACGAGGAUGAAAAUGGAAAGGUGGACGAAAAGAGGUCAGAGUCAGUUGUUUUGCAGGAGCAGUUAGUUGGGAUAAUCAACAAUCUGUUACAAGAACAAGAUAACUUCAGGGCAAGAUACAACAAUCUGGUGCUCAACUCAAGCAAGUCAGACGACCUUUCAGACUGGAACAAACGCUAUAUAAUCAUGCGGGAAACGUUUACCAAGCUCGGGAUGUCUGUGCUAAAUGAGCUGAAGCUUCUGAACACACAUAUAAACUACGAGAGGAAAUUGGCUGGGUUAGAAGCAGAAGAAGAGGAGGAAGAGGAAAUUGAGGUGAACGUUAGGAAUCUGUUUGCGGAAGGUAAAGAUCCUUUCCAUUCUAAGGAGAUAAUUACUGCAAAGUACGCUGCAUCAGUGGAGAUCUCUACAAAUGACUGCAUUACCUUCUCCCGUUUGUCUGGUUCUAAAGAGUGUAAAUCUUGUGACGCUGUGGUUUUCAUCUGUCCUCAUCUUCACUUCGCUCAAAACUCGGUGAUAAAGUUACCACCUGGAUGCUCACAUUUAAAGGUGUCCAGACCGUUUCUCAAUGUUCCACCAGCGGAUUGUUUGAGAGAAGCUCUCGCGGAGGUUUGUGCGGAAGAGAACAGUCAGGGAAGCAACACCAGACUAGACCAGGCAGAAGAAUCAGGAGAACAGAGGUCGUCACGUGGUGUGUCACGUGGUGUUAGUAACAUGUCACGUGAUACUGUCAGCACACGUGACCUCAACAAGAAGUUAGCCAAGAUGUGGAGAAACUGCUCCAGAACCUACUUCCACAGAUCACGUGAGUUAUCAGAGGAGCACGUGAUAACCUGUAUCGAGCACUUCUUCCUCUACCUCAGUAAUAUUGGAAAGGAGGACCUGUAUAAAAGUAUGGUGGACCACUUAGCGGAUUUCCUUCUAGGACAAUACCAGUUAGAAGAACUAAUGGCUAUCGUACGGGUAGACCUGCUGAGUGCUAUAGCUAAAUACGCUCCUGACAACCCUUUUAUCGCUAUAUUUGGCUGCAUUCUCUCCGGAUCACUCGACCCUAUCAUGUUCAGGUACAUCUACCUGCUGAACGACAUCCUCCUCUCACUAGACCUGGUGUGUACACUAGAUCUCCGCCCCCUCAUGAUGGUGCUCUACCCCCACCUUACAGACGAGGAUAUAGACCCUCACGUCCUGAGUUUCAGCUCCCACUCCAACAACAGGAUAUCCCCCUCCCUGGUCUCCAACUAUCUCAUGCACUGCAUAGUCCGGGACAGAGAGCCGCGCGUCUGUGAGACUGUGAUAAAGCUUAAACAGAACUGUGGGGCUAGUCCCAGCAGGAUGUCCUACCCUGAGUUUAACUGUGCUAUGGAGAGUGUGUACCCGCUAGCUACUAACAAGAGCAAGGAACACUAUUUCGCCUGCAGUUUAAGUAAUAAUAACAGUAAAAUGUUUGUUGAGACGAGUUUGUUGGGGCAGGUGGUGGCGUUUAUACAGCUGCAGGAGGCUUAUCCUAAGAUCAUAUCAGAGAUAAACGAUAAGAUACAUCACUACAGGACGAAGAUACCAGCUGAAAUGAUAGAAGCAGGACUGCGACAGAAACAAAGCCUCGAUUUUGUGUGCAUUCCAUCCAACGAACAGGCCAAGAAGCAGCUCAUUGCUAUCAACAAAGCAGCCAAGAGUUUAGAACUUCUGCAUAACAACCCCUGCUGGAGAGAGGAUAUAGAUAUUGCUCCUCAAUAUUUAGACCUUACUCGCCCUCUAUUGUAACUCCUCACUUGGAGGACUUCGCCGCUUCGACGCGCCGUGCAAACUAACAUUCUUGCUCUGCUUCGCAAAGCAACGAUCUGGAAGGGUUGGCAUCGUCAAUCAACUCCUCACUCGUACUCGACCCAAGUAUUUUUGAAAAACAUAUAUGGACGAUGAUUAUUGCAUCUGGGUACACAAUAUUUAUAAGUAGUUACUAGUACCACUCUUCAACAGUUCAAGACCGAAGAAUUUCUUUUAAACCCAAGUAGCUCUUUAUAUAUAACUAUAAGGUUGUAUUCUUUAAUGUUUAUUUAAACUUGAAUCAAGUUGGAAGUUUGACAUCCUUCAUCAGUAUCACAGUUGGGGCAGCAUGGCUCAGUUGUGAAAUAGCGGCAGCAGAUUGAGGAGUAGGAGGAUUAAGGAUUUUUGAUAUCUAUUUAUUCAUGUAUUAAAAACCCAAAUUUAGCUAAUUUAGGCAAAACC